CACUAAAGUUCUGUUUAGUAUAUAUACUACGGUUAAAGGCUUGGGGUAAUCUUUAACCUUCGGGUCAGCUGCGUAAAGGUUCAACAUACAGGUUCAACACUGUGUCGUUGAGGCCUUCGAUGUAAACUGCUUUUGUUCAUAUACCAUUACCAGACAAGCAUGUCUGGCGCAGCUUGCACUGCUGCGAAAUCCCUUGCAGUGUUAGCCGUCCUGUUGGUCUUUCUGACCGAUUUAUGUAGGGCAGAGCUAAUUGUAUUUGAUGUGACGCCAUUAUCUGGUAGCCUUGGCGGUGGAACUAGGCUUCGCAUCAACGGCACCGGUUUCAGCCAAGACCGGUACACCGGCGGCAAUGUGGUCUUCAUCGGCCAAUAUUCGUGCACGGUCGUCAACCACAUGUCUUCGGACACCCUGAUCACGUGCGUCACGGCGCCGGCUCCCCUUCCUGGGUCGUACGACAUCACGGUCGUUGUGGACGGUAUUGCUACAACGACCUUUUCCCAAAAGUACACGUACGACUCGAGCUACACGCCAUACGUAUCCUUUGCACUGCCUUCCGCUGGUCCGCCCGGCGCGACGAUUCAACUUCUAGGGUGGCCCUCGUCGCGCCCUAUCUGGGAGUGUGCCAACACAGGCAACCAGCAAUACGCCGACUCGCCUUCUUGUUUAGGCGCCAUUUUGGUGGGGGAUUACGCUGCCAAAUUUCCCGCAGGAGCGAAGGCACUUGAAAGCCUCGGGUAUUCUUCCUAUUUCGGCACGCUUUACAGCGUGAAUAUUACCGUAUCUGCUCCAGACGAUAGUUAUGGAACUGCGAUCAAUAACAGCACUAGUAUGGGGUACGUUAAUGCUACGGACGGUGGGAGCAGCAGCAGCGCCGGCAGCAGUACGACCAGCGCUACUGCAUCAUCCUUGCGAGUUCAUGGCAGGCUUGGUACGGCAGAUAGCGUCAACAUCACGAUCAACUACGAGGGCAGUCUCAGCGGCAGCCAACCUGUCGUACAGCGCACGGCAUACCGUACAACACUCGACGGAGUGCCGUACAUGUACCAGCAGUAUGCCGAGGUCACAGGCAUUUCACCGACCCGUGGGUCUCGCGCCGGCGGCACAAUUUUGACUAUCUCAGGUCGUGGAUUUCCGACACUUGAUUUGGGACUCGGAGAUACUGUUAAUGUGACGAUCGCGGGUGCACCGUGUACCGUACGACAGUCAACGUACGACAAGAUUAUUUGCGAGACCGGACCGAUUCCUGCUAACUACACGCCGCCAACGCCACUGAAGGGGCUGUACCCGGGAAUGCGAGGCAUUGAGUACGAAUACUAUAACGCGUCCAUCUAUGCACUAUGGGUCGGCGUCGACGUGAGCAACCUCUGGUGGCUGAACAACACGUUGAAGGUCGAUAAGAUCCCGGGUAGCUACCGGACUGUGUUGACGGGAGUGUGGGAAACUCCGCCACUGGAUACCAAGGCAUCCGAUGUGUCGUACUUGGGAAAGACAUUCUUCGUCGCUCCAUAUGACGGCGACUACACGUUUCACGUCUCCUGUGACGAUGUCUGCACCCUCAACGGCACAUACGUCAUGGCCAACGGUACGACAGCCGUUAACCAGGUCUUAGCGUACUCGAGGUCCUUUACUUACUGGAACGACUGGUACCAUUAUCCAUCCCAGCAAUCCCAACCGAUUACACUUAAGUCGCGUCAACCGAUUCUGUUGGAGGCAGCCGGCUGCAACGGCUGGGGCUCUGGCGGAAUGCAAGUCGGUGUCACUGUACCCAGCGAUACACCAAAGUUCAACUCCAUUCCUGAGAUACAGACCCUCAUGAUCAGCAGCGCGAGCAGGAGCCGAACGGUUACCAUUAAGUACCGCUGGCCGGCAGGACACAGGUUCGUGUUUAACAUCACCAUUACGGCACCAACACCCGAGGCUCUGCAGUCCCCAGAGGUGGGGGUGCAGCUCACCUUCAAUGGCAAUGCCAGAACACGCUUCUUCCCGGCCCUUCACUCCCUCUCGCAAAUCACCACCAUGAUUGCGAAUACGUUGUGGAUUACUACGAAUGAGAUCGGGAUCUUUUACGACAAUAGCCUUAACGGUACGACAAGCAUGCGCUACCAGAUCGGUAUCACCACCCCGGCCUCCUACAUAGCUUUCCUGAACUGUACAGCAUCCCUGUACACAACGGGCCAGCCGCCCUCUCCGCCUCCGCCACCUCCACCGGCCACGGCCUGCUCGUACGCAGCCCCCCACCGAGCCAUGCUUGAUACAACGUUGAUGGGAGAUGGCAGUUCUUCAUAUCGCCGCAACCUGAUUCCCGAUAUCUCGACGUGGCAGGUUUCGGCGGUGUCUGCUCCCAUGGCUGCCGUCACCCCCAACGGCAACUGGCGGUUAACGGCGGUCGGUGCUGGGUCUGCAACACUGCCUUGGAACGCCGGCGGCGGUGCCCUGCAGUCCGCCCUGAGCGCCCUGGUGCCCGGGCUGUCCUUUAGCAUCGGCGGGGGUUCAUCAUGGCUUGAGGGUGGGUUCCUGGCAAACACCUGGAUUAUCACGUGGAGCAUCUACCAUGCGAACAACGUACCUCAACUAAUUGUGGCCGCCGAAGCUGACAUGCCGGCGGGUAGCUUCAUCUCCGCGACUGUGACCCAGAACGCGAGUACGCAAAUUGACGGGACAUUCCGCGUGUCAUACGGUCCGUACUGUGAAAGCGUUACGAUUUACACGGGUGACCAGGCUUCAGACGUCCAGACGAAGCUUGGCACGCUUCCUGGAAUGAGCACGCCUAUCAGUGUCACCCGGAACGGCGACGCCUACUUCUCUGGAUACAUCUCAUGGAAGGUGACGUUUGAUCCCCUGGGCAAUCCGGGCAACCAGCCCCUACUUCGGGUGAUCGACGCUUCAAACGUCACCGGAACCGAUAUCCGUGUCUACGUCACCGAGGAUGUGGCGGGAGACUACCGGCAAUUCCAUGCACCGUUGCCAACGGCCCUAACGGCUUUGGCGGUUUCAUCGCCUGUGGAGCUGUCAGUAACGGUCAACGGCGUACCAUCAAGCUGUGCUCAUCCUUCAGGAGGUCCCGGUUGUACGUUUCAGUACGACAACUCUUUGACGCCGAACCUGACGUCAGUCAGUCCGUCGUCGUACGACUUCGCGGGAGGCCAGGAUUAUUUGGACAUGAACAUCUUUGGUGUCGGGUUUGAUGCUACAGUUAACGGCAACGAAGUCUUCCUGGAUGACGGCACCCCCUGCAACGUCACCUCCGCAACCGCCACCAACAUCGUCUGCCGCCUGCCUCCAACCGCAACCGCCGGAGCUCACCUGGUAUACGUGCGUGUGGCUGGCAAGGGCUUCGCCCUCAAGCUCAACGCAACCCUUGCAACUGUUAAUGUGAAGGUCCUUGCCCUGACGGGCGUCUCGACGCCCGUCAUACCGCCGUUGAACGGUGGUGGCGGCGUUACUGGCGGUGCAACGCUGUUCAACAUCAGCGGUCGUGGGUUCGAUUCAUCCGUCUGCGAUCGCAACCGUGUUUCUGUUGGCAAUGUACAGUGCGGGGUGCUAAGCUGCACGUGGAGCAGGCUGCAGGUGCUGUGCCAAGGCGUAUCCAGCCCUGCGGUGGGCAGCGCUGCAACCGUCCUGGUGCAAGUUUUUAAUUCCAAGAACCAAGUCGUCGACACGACGGCAAACGCAGCGACGCCCAUUACGAUGGUCGUUGAUGCAAACGCCCCACGGUUGGCGGUUAGCUCGUCACUGUCAAUGUCGUCAACCGGCGGCCAGAUCAUCCUAACUGCCAUCGGCAUGGACAAUUGGCCCGUCCGCAACAUCUGGCUGCUUCCUGGUAUCAACACCACAGCCCUUCAGUUCAGCUCUGGAGCACUGAAUGCCGUACUGUCACGUGCCUUCCGUUCCCCAACCACCUGUAGCAUUUCCAGCGGUAGCUCAGUUACAUACGACAGCAGUGCCGGACAGUCAGUUGUUAUUUGCUCGGUACCUUUCAUCCCCAACGGUGUUUACAGUGCCGUUCUGGAGCCAGAUUCGCCUGUCAACACACGACCUUGGGUCAUCGCACGGGAAGUCAUCACGUUUGGGAUGACGGUGACCGACAUUCGACCUCGUGUUGCCCCCAUCGGUGGCGACUCAAUCCUCACCAUCACCGGUACCGGCUUUGCACCAGGCGCACGAGCAGCUGAGAACAUUGUGCUCAUUCCCGUACCUGUCUCCACAACGAACCUCAAUGGACUCCUUCCCUGCGACGUCCUGAAUGCCACGGAAACGGAGAUCCGGUGCCGUACACGUCCUCACCUCGCCACGGAUGCCAGCGCCUCUGAUCCAUUCGCCCGCGUCCUCGAACCACGUGCAUCCUACCCACCAUCUCCCGGACCAAUUGCCGUCGUGUCUUGUGGUGAUGCAGCACUCGGAAAUACCUCCUCACUAUACGACAUCAACAAAGUCGCCUGUUGGGCACAACCGACAUCAGCUCGUGCGGACGUCUGCGGUACCGGAAGCAACCCCUCCGCAAACGCUGACGCUUGUACCUUCUUAUACUCUUGGGAUGUUACACCCUACAUACAUACCUUCCUUAACUACACGGUAUACCCAGGUGCCGUCAUCAGUAUGGGCGGUGUCCUUCUGGAUACCGUCAUACGACUUGACCUCAUAAGGCCCGAUGGCGGCAUCUCUGACUCCACACCAAAUUCCGAAUUUUGGGUUCAAUGGCCCUCGAAGAUCACCUGGAAGGUCAAUCCCGCAGUCCCCGCCGGUGUGUAUGUCAUCUCCAUGUGGGUAUCGAUAGGUGGCGCGGGAGGAAGGUCUGCCGACCCCAACAAGAUGUCCUACAUGGCAGUGCUGCCCCGAAUCGAUGGAGUGAUCGGAGGUGUGGGUUCGUUGGGCGGUGCCGGCACGUUGACAAUCACGGCGAACGGCGGGGCGCGCUUCAAUGCGACACAUCCAAGUAUGAACAAGGUGUCCAUUGGCUCGGUGCCCUGCUCCGUCACCUCCGUCAACGCCAGCCACCUCACCUGCGCGCUGCCCCUCCUAACCGGCAACGUGAGGGCGGAGUUCUGGAACACCUCGCUCUACUCCUGGUCGGCUGACGUGUACAACCUCACCAAUCCAGACUACGUCACCUUCUACCCAGCUGCCUCCAACAAUUGGGACGUCGAAAAACCGCCCCAAGUGCUAAUGUGGCCAUACACCAGCAGCCCCAACCCGGCCGUUAUUGCAACCAACUACUUUGCGGCUCGCUUCACCUUCUACAUGCGGAUCAAUACGACCGGCAUCUACGCAUUCACUUUUUGGGCCGAUGACUAUGCGAGGCUCUAUAUGGACGACAAGUUCAUCGGCAGCAGCGGCCCCUGGGACCAGCCCAGGCUGAACAUCACGGCCGGCAUGCAUAAGUUCGUGAUCACCUUUUUUGAGUCAGCCGGGAACGCCGGUCUGGAGCUCUACUGGGAUUUUGGAGACGGAUGGUGGAGCAAUCGUCGUCUCCCCUGGAGCACGACCAUGCCCUUCCCCGCCGCAAUCCCCAUGAACAUAACGGUAACGGUCAACGGUGUACCUGCCGUUCACGACUGCCCUGGAUCCGACUUCCUGGAUCUCACUUUACCGGACAGUAGCGGUACGGCCACGUCGCCAAUCCCUAACGAGCCAAUGAACAUUACCGUACCGUCCGGCAACUGCAGCUACGUCUUUACAGGCUACCGUACGCCGUACAUCACCGCCGUAUCCGGAUUGCCAACGGUCAGCUCUGGUGUGCCAGGAAACGUUAACGUCACUGGAGUCUUCCUAACCACCAAUCCCUCGGAGCUCAACGUAACAGUUGCUGGCUAUCCGUGCACGAAUAUGACCUUGCGACCCACGGGUCAGACGGGCGUUUCUAGCAUCGUUUGUACAAUUCCAGUGCUGCCCGGCAGAGUCCAACGGCAAAUCAUCGUUGAGGUUGCCGGAAGGGGCGUGGCUCGAGGCACGUUUAGCCUGAGCCCGUUCGCAACGACGGUUGGUUACCCGAUGGCAGUUACGAGUGUCGUACCCAACCGGAUCUCCCAUGGAGGCGGCGUGGAGCUGGUCAUCAACGGCUACGGGUUCGUGCCGUCCUCCGGUCCCCUGGCGUUCAUGGGCCGGUCCAUGACGGUUUACUUCUCCGACAACAACCCCCUGCCCAGCAACCUGACAGCCAGCCAGCUGCCACUGCUACCCCUGGUUAAUGGUAGCAGCAGCAGCAGCAGUUCUAACAGUCAGGUGGCCCAAGGCUCAUCAGCGCUAGCUCCAGUGCUAGUCAAAGCGGUAAACGCAACGCAGAUGAGAUUGACAAUUCCGAGACUGAUGUCGUACUUCAGCCCAGGGUACGAGUACACGAAGACCAUUACUGUGUCGAUCGUCGACACCAACACCACCAACGUCUACCCUCAGACCGUCACCUUCACCAUCACCCUAGACAACAAAGUCACCCCCAAUGUCACUUACGUCACCCCGGCUCCCCUCGACGGCCUCUCCCUCUCCUCCAACGCCCCCCUCACCAUCGUCUGGUCCCUCAAGCUCGCCACCGGAACCACCCUCACCGCCACUCCAGCCGGCCAGCUCUCCCGCGCCUCCAUCUCACUCACACCGCUCCCCUCCGGCGCGCCCGCGGUACCCAACCUCGCGAACUUCACCCUGGCGCCCAUCAACUGUACGGCACCAACCGUCAUCAACUCGACCUAUGUGUCGUACGUUUACAGCGAAACGCUCAGGUGCACGCUGCCCCCAGUCUCGCCGUCCUCCUCUUCUUCAGGUGGAGGUGAAGGUCAGUUGCUGCCUGCCAACGUGUAUAGCGUGUGGGUGUGCCUGGCUGGCGGCGUCAAUGGCAGCACCAGCGCUAGCGGCUGUGCUGCGGGAGCCGGCACGGUGACGGUGCCGCUGCAGGUGACCGGAGUCAGUCCGCAGCGGGGCAGCUAUGGAGGCGGCACCAUUGUCACCGUCACUGGACAGGGAUUUGCACCGGAUACCAAUUUCGUGACGCUUUAUUUCGGAUAUACGCCAUGUGUCGUACUUACGGCAACGGCAACCAACGUCACGUGCCAGAUUAAGUCUCCGCUUACACUGAAUGCUACCAGCAAUGGCACUUCCUCUCCUGUCGUACCACCAACAUCGAUGACGUCAGCACUGCGGGUUCAACCGUCAGAAGGCGCACCCUUCUGGAACUUCUCUGAAGCUGCCACAUCGUACACGUUUGACCCCGCGUUAACUCCUGUCGUACAAGGUGUCUCACUGACCCGCGGGUCAACAGAGGGCGGCACGGACCUUGUCUUCACUGUUUCCGGCCUCAACAGCGCUGUCGUAACCUCAUCUGACAUCAGCAUUCUCCUCGGCAGUAGCAUCCCUUGUUCCAACGUAACGCUUGUCAGUUCCACCACCGUAACGUGUACGACGCCCAAACCGCCGCAACCAGCACCUCAGGGCCCCCUGCAAAUUCAGUUCUCAGUUAGGGGCAAGGGUUUUGCGCUUUGUACGGCAACAUAUGAGUACGUCAACCUCUGGUCUCGCCACACCACUUGGGGUGGCGGUCCAUUGCCGGAAGCAGAUUCCCUGGUGUACAUUCCGGGGGGAGUAACAAUCAUGUUGGAUAUGAGUCCACCCCAGCUUUCAACGCUGGUCGUGGAGGGAAUUCUGUUCUGGGACGACACCGCGACUGAAGAGAUUGAGCUUCGUGCCAAGUACAUUCUCAUUCGUGGCAACGGUACACUAGCCAUCGGCAGCGAGUCAACACCCUACCCGGGUCGUGCUAAGAUCACUCUCGUCACGUUGCCUAAUGUGGACAUCGAGCUUCCACUGUACGGCUCAAAGGUCAUCGGCGUCCGUGGCGGCAAGCUUGUCCUCCACGGCCAGCACAAGGUGCCCACCUGGACCCGCCUCGCGGCAACCGCCGACCCAGGGGCCAGCACUAUUCUGCUUGACGGCCCUGUCAACUGGGUACCUGGCGACGAAAUCGCCAUCGCAUCUUCCUCCUUCUUCACCAAUGAAUCCGAGUCCGCGACCAUCGUGAACCUGUACUAUGAUGUUGGGUCCAACGUCACGUUUGUGGACCUGGACCAGCCCCUGAACUACACACAUCUGGGCGUGAUUGAGGCGAUUGCGGAGGGGCAGGUGCAGCCCGUGGCUGGGGCAGGACUGGGGCCCGAUGGCAAGCCGGGCAGUGGCGGCCGGGCGGUGAUCGAUCUGCGGGCUGAGGUUGGGGUGCUCAGCCGCAACGUGGUACUGCAGGGCGACGAGGAUUCCGAGCGCUUCCAGUUUGGUGGAACAGUGAUGAUCUCCAGCCCUGCCGGACGUCCCAGAGCACAUGCGCGCUUCGAGCAGGUGGAGGUGCGCCAAACGGGCCAGGCCUUCCGACUGGGACGCUACAGCAUCCACUUCCACAUGCAUGGAGACCUGGAGUACAAGUCGUACGUCCGAGGCUGCGCCAUCCACCACACCUAUAACAGGGCCCUCACCAUCCACGGAUCUCAUCGUGUGCUGGUGCAGGACAAUGUGGCAUACCACUGCAUGGGACAUACCUUCUUUUUGGAGGAUGGCAUCGAGACGGGCAAUUGGUUUGAGGGCAACCUAGGGUUUACAACGCUCCAGUCGCCAGCGCUGCUGAACACGGAUACUACUCCUGCCGUUUACUGGGUGACAAACCCCAACAACACAUACAGGAACAACGUGGCAGGAGGUUCUGAUGGGUAUGGCUUCUGGUACCGCCUCAAUCAGUACCCAGAUGGACCGUCUUACACAACCACCGUCUGCCCCGCGUAUACCCUUCUGGGAGAGUUCAAAAACAACCGCAUCCAUUCCAACAUGUUUUACGGCCUGCGCGUCUUCCCAGUCUACUACCCGAAACAAGAUCCGUGUACGCCCAUGUCGAAUUCGUACAUUCAAAUGCCUGCCGUAUUUGAUGGCGUGGUGUCGUACAAGAACGGCAUGAAGGGCGUCAUUGCUACUCAGAUUGGCUACGUCAUCUUCGCCAACGUGACGACGGCUGACAACGGUGCGGGUCCGCUGCAGCACACUGUGAACGGCAAGGACACCGGAGCGGGUGUCGAGGUGACCUGGGUGGUGGAUGACCGCAACCGGGCGGAUGUGCCCAUCGGCUGGAUGGCAGGCCUACGCAACGCCAUUCUCAUCAGUCGUACGGCAGCGGGCAAGAUUGGUACAGCAGGGCAGUGGCCCAAGCCCGGUCGCAGGGUCUCCGGCGUCAUCACGCAGAGCGCCCCCCAGAACUUCGUAAAGCACUCGGCGCUGAUGAGUCUCAUGAACGUCACCUUUGUGGACUACACCGGUGGACAGUUCUUCGCGCUGGAGUCGUGUGCCAAGUGCGAUAACCAGCAGGGCGGUGCAACCACAUGGACCUCAGGAUUCAAGUUCGUACAGACCCAGGGCGGCUACCCGGCCAUGUCGGUGUGGGGCUGGGCGCACCAGGGUAUCUACCUAGACACGGACGGCAGCUUGAUCAACGCCGCCAACUUCCCACCCGACAUUGCUUACAACCUGCCGUACGGUCCCCCCGGCACACCUGGCGCCACCUGGCACUCGGCAGUCUUCAACGACCUGUUUGAUCCGACUGAGUGCCUGUACGUGCGGGGCAAGUACAGCUCCAAUAACGCGGCCAUUUGCAGCCCCGCGCUGGAAUUUAGGCGCGUCCUGCUCAACAAGCACGGCCCCAUCGCCCUCGUCAAUUCCGACCUGAUGGUCACCUCGGUGACCACCAACCGCACCACCCGCAUGCGUUACACCGAGUACAACGAGAACGGCUACAUGUUCACUAUCCCCACGCAGCGGGACUACUGGGUGCACUGGGACACCAUGUACCGUCUGGACCCGGACGGGUUCAGGCUGCACAAGUUGGACUUGAUGAACCAAACCACUGGCUGGUUCUACUUGAGCGCCAAGUGGACUCGGCGCAUGGACCACGUGGAGGUCAACGGCACAAUCACCUCGACGCCGUACACCGCCCUGCCGCCGUCAACCGCCCCCAACGGCGCCAGCUACUACAACAAGACCCUGACGCCCAACGGCUGGUGGUACGGCAACUACACGUACAAUGACACCAAGUUCACCGUGCUGGCACAAGGCAACCUGGACUAUGAAAUGUCCGUGAAGCCGAUGCCCUGCCCCACCACCGGCUGCGGCCUCACCUUUGACACCCCGGCAGACCUGCGUGGCACGCUCUACUGGUCAGAUGCCAACACCUGGAUCUACCGGCCGGGAGGAAAGCCAAAGGCGGGAGAGAACGUGACGGUGCCGUACGGCUGGAAUCUGAUUGUGGACGAAGAUACGGCGCCACUGGCGGAACUGGCCCUGUUAGGCAAUCUUACGUUUGCUCCCAACGGUAGUAACGUCCUAACCGCCAACAACAUUUUCAUCGUGGGUAGCGGUUGGUUGUACGUUGGGAGUCUUACGGCGCCUUUUGGAGCUAACAGCACGACAGCUCGCGCGACCAUUCGGUUGACCGGUACUCGGCAGGAUCCAGUUCGGGCGGCUGACAACGAUCUGGUAUUUAACAGCAAGUUCAUUGCCGUAUUCCGCUCUGGAACCCUUGAUCUUCACGGUCGCCGAGUGGGCUCCCGCUGGACCAAGCUGGCUGCCUCAGCCUACCCGGGGAACACCACCAUCACACUAGCCAGCCCCCAGUCGCUGUGGCUGCCGGGAUCUCUGAUCGUGAUCGCAUCUUCGUCGUACAAUGUGUGGCAGUCCGAGGAGCGAACCAUCACUGCCGUACUGAACAAUGGCACCACCCUGGUCCUGGACAGCCCCCUCACCUACCCGCAUUUCGCCCUCACCAAGACCUACGCAAUCAACGCCACCUACAAUAUUUCAGUUGACAUGCGUCCCGAGGUUGCACUUAUGACCUCAAACAUCGUAGUCGAGUCAGCAGAAGGAGCGGGUGUCCUUGCAGAUGGAAGCGAGUAUUACGGCUGUCGGUUGCUGGUCCAUGGUCCUUCAACGGCUCGGCUGAGUAAUGCGGAAUUCCGGUACUGCGGCCAAGCAGGCCUGAAUGCGCCUUCCGUACUGUACGACAGGCUGACUAAUUUGACGAGCGGCUUGCCGAACCCUAGCUACAUGGUGGACAGCGCCGUGUACCGCUCUGCUGCCACCGCUGUGGCCAUUCGAUCCAACGUCACCGUUAUACCGGGCUCCCGAAGUGUCCCCAGCGCCCCCAUCAGCGUCAUCGGUAACGCCAUGUGGUACUCGCUCGACACCGACACGGUGGAGAUCAGCGCCAGCGGUUGUACCAUCCGGAAUAACCUGGCUUUCGGUACUGAAAAGGUCUUCCAGGGCCCUUCUACCUUCGACAAUCGGCUACAUACUACAUAUCGAAUCCACGAUCCGAACAACUUCAUCGAGAACAAUGUGGCCGGAGGCUCGGAGCGAGUCGGCUUCUACAUGUAUGCGCCACCCUGCUCUGUUAUUAACAGCACGUACAGCAAACCGACACCCGGCACAUUAUUAUUCAAGGGAAGCUUCCUGAACAAUACGGCGCAUUCGAAUCUGGCGGGAAUGGUUUUCAAGGACUCGGACUACUCGUAUUCGGAAGGGUGUGCUGGAUUCCGCAACUUCACGUCGUACAUGGCUUGGGAUUUUGACAUCAUUCCGCAACGUGGCAUUGAGACGAACGUGCUGAUCAAAGACGUGGCCGUACUGAACCCCAAGCAUGCAAGCAUUAACAUCAUUCGGAAAAAUGCUAUGUACGCCGACGCUUUAGUGACGGUGCAAGACAGCCUAGUCGUGGGUCGGAGCCACCCCGAGCUCUGCGACAUAUGCAGCGAGACGGAUUACGAGAGCUGCCACCCAAAAACCACUACCUUCUCCUACAACACCGAGAACCUGAACGAGCCAGCCGUCGGCCUGUACGCCUCCACCUUCUGUGUAGACUUCACCAAGGGUCCCGAGGCCAAGCCCUGGGACGUGCCCCACGGUUACCAGACCAUUCUGGGCCGCACGCACGUCAACGGCACCACCUUUGCGGACUUCCAGGGCCCGGCCACAUGCGGCGGUGGCCCCGACGUGCAGGAGGUGUACGCGCUUGGGAACCUGAUGGCGCCGGAUGCCUUCCAUCCGUGCUAUUUUAGCGGAACCAAGGUCAUCAAUGUGUUGAACAACGGGACGGCCUCCGGUCUGUUCUACCUGGUGGGAAUGGACCCCAAGUGGCGCAACGAGGCGGACUGCGGCUUCCAGGAGUGGAAGCAGCCGGACGGGACCAUACUGCCACUGAACUGCGCGGGCCCCAAGCACGUGCACUUCCGCGACCUGGACGGCGGCCUGACGGGUGUUCGCGACGUGGUGGCGGGCUCCUUCAAUAACGGGCCCAGGACCUUCCCCUAUGACCAGGGCACCCCAGUCAUCCCCGGCCCCUGCGACUACUACCCCUCCAUGUCUGCCUACCUCUGCUUCCCCAACUCCUCAUCCUACGCGCUACCCGACCCCGCCAUGAAGCCCGUGCCCACACCCAUCGGCGGCAUCAGCGGCAACCACCAUUUGUUUGUGCUGGAGAGCCGUGAUGCGGACAGCGAGGAACGCAACUUUGGUCCCGUGUUCUUCAACGUGUCGGGCUCGAUUGAUAUGGUCGUAGCGGCCAUGGACCAGGGCUGGUGCUUUGGUUAUACCUGCCAGAAGCGCGCCUCCACCUUCUGGACCUACCUGCCCAUGGGCCACACCGUGAUCGUCAACUUCACCGGCUCCCCCGCUACCGUGUUCCGACUGUGGCUGCCGUACGCAGCGCCCGAGGAUGAGCUGGUACUGGACAUCUACUACCUGAUGAUUCCCAACCGUCGCUUCGUGUGGCUACCUGACGGUGUCGGUCGAGUGGCACCACUGAAAUUCAAGCCGCGACCCGGCGACGGGACGCCCCAUGGGUCGUUCUACUGGGACCAGAACCGGACCACCAUUACCGUCAAGAUGACGGGGGGCAACAGGCUGGAGGUCCGCGGAGAGAACGCAGUGCUGGUUGGCUGGGGUCUGGCUAUCAGCAUCAGCGACUUUUACGACAACCAGGCGCUCUUCUUAAGUAACCUGGCGUCCUUCCUAAACAUCCCUAAGGAACGCAUCUACAUUGCUCGCAUUGUUCCCGGCACGCUGCGUCGGCGUCUGUGGGCCCGUGAUUCAUCAGAACCAAGGGAACACGAAGGCCAGGGCGGCGGUGGACUGUACGGACAUGGCGAAUUGUACGACAAAUAUGCAUUGACCUUAGCGAAGAAGUACGGUUUGCUGUCGUACACCAGGCUGGGAGGACAGCAGCAGCAGCAGGACGAGCAGGAGAUGUACGAUGCGGAUCAAAUGUUUGACAACGCGUAUGUGGAGGAGGACGUGUUCGACAACAUGACCAACUCCACCUUGUACAGCAGGCGACGAUCUCUCCUGGCGACCAUGCAGUCGCAGCUGGACAUCAUGAUCUAUGAUGACCCAACCAGCAACAACUUCCCGAUCCCUGACCCCGUCUUCGACACAUCUAACAAUAUCGACUCGGUGUCCGCCCGCGCUCUCCUCAACGCAACCGAAGAGCAACGAGCCGCCGCAAAGGCAGCCCUGCUUGAUACCCUGCCGCCACCACCGCCGCCGCCGCCAGCCUCCUUUGCAAUCGACACCAUCAUUGCCGCGCCGCCGUCACCAAUUUCUCCACCCUCACCGCCGCUACCACCGCCGGCCCCUCCGCCCUCACCCCGACCCCCGUCUCCCUCCCCGCCGUCGCCAAGACCACCGUUGCCGCCACCCCCAUCGCCGCCCAUCCAGCCAGGAGCCUCCGCCUCUCCGCCGCUGCCGCCGCCACCGCGUCGGCCGUCUCCGCCACCGCUGCCGCCCUCUGCAGGCGACAUGCUGUCGGCGCUGAGCAGUCUGAAAGUGCUGCUGACGAAUCCGGAACAUGCCAGCAAUGUCCUGGGUGUGGCCAUCACCAACGUGACGGAUGUGCAGGUCCUUCCUGGAGUAAUCUUGGAUGAGUCAGCAACAACGUCUGCCGCAACCGGUAACUCCUCUGAUGUGGGUUCCAACGGCAACUCCACCUCUUCCUCGUCUUCCUUCUCAGCCGCAGCCUUCCUCAACGCAGCUGGCUCCCUGCUAGAAGUCCUGGGUUACAGCCCGCCCAGCCCAGCGCCUCCCAGCCCUAGCCCUCCCUCGCCGCCACCGUCACCACCGCCCUCACCGGACCCUCCCAGCCCGCAACCGCCAUCCCCCCCAUCACCACCAUCCCUACCGCCGCCCUCACCAGUACCGCCAUCCCCCAGCCCGCCAAGCCCACCGCCGCCCUCCCCCGAGCCGCUUCCUCCCUCACCCAGACCCCCGAGGCCUCCACCGCCCUCACCUUUCCCUCCUCGCCCUCCGUCACCAAGCCCACCGCCAUCUCCACCACCCAGCUUCCCACCACGCUCUCCCGCACCUAGCCCGGAGCCGCCAUCACCUCCCCCGCUGCCAAGCAAAGCGCCACCCUCUCCCGCACCGAGUCCUGAGCCGCCAUCACCUUCCCCACCUCCAAGCCCUAUUCCACCAUCUCCAGCCCCAAGCCCUGAGCCACCGUCACCUUCCCCACCUCCAAGCCCUAUACCACCCUCUCCAGCCCCAAGCCCUGUGCCACCGUCACCUUCCCCACCUCCAAGCCCUAUACCACCCUCUCCGGCACCGAGUCCUGAGCCACCGUCACCUUCCCCACCUCCAAGCCCUAUACCACCCUCUCCGGCCCCAAGCCCUGAGCCACCGUCACCUUCCCCGCCUCCAAGCCCUUUACCACCCUCUCCAGCCCCAAGCCCUGAGCCACCGUCACCUUCCCCGCCUCCAAGCCCUUUACCACCCUCUCCAGCCCCAAGCCCUGAGCAACCGUCACCUUCCCCACCUCCAAGCCCUAUACCACCCUCUCCGGCCCCCAGCCCUGUGCCACCGUCACCUUCCCCACCUCCAAGCCCUAUACCACCCUCUCCAGCCCCAAGCCCUACACCGCCGUCGCCUAACCCACCCCCAGGCUUCCCGCCGCCCUCGCCGGCGCCUAUGCCUCCCUCACCUCCUCCACAGCCCGUCGCUACCCCACCUUCUCCGCCGCCCAGCCCUACACCGCCGUCGCCUACCCCACCCCCAGGCUUCCCGCCGCCCUUUCCGGCCCCCAGCCCUACACCGCCGUCGCCUACCCCACCCCCAGGCUUCCCGCCACCCUCUCCAGCCCCCAGCCCUACACCGCCGUCGCCAAGCCCACCCCCAGGCUUCCCGCCGCCCUCUCCAGCCCCCAGCCCUACACCGCCGUCGCCUACCCAACCCCCAGGCUUCCCGCCGCCCUCUCCAGCCCCCAGCCCUACACCGCCGUCGCCUACCCCACCCCCAGGCUUCCCGCCGCCCUCGCCGGCGCCUAUGCCUCCCUCACCUCCUCCGCAGCCCGUCGCUACCCCACCUUCUCCGCCGCCCAGCCCUACACCGCCGUCGCCUACCCCACCCCCAGGCUUCCCGCCGCCCUCUCCGGCCCCCAGCCCUACACCGCCGUCGCCUAACCCACCCCCUGGCUUCCCGCCGCCCUCUCCAGCCCCCAGCCCUACACCGCCGUCGCCUAACCCACUCCCAAGCCCCAUUCCACCCUCUCCGGCGCCUAGCCCUGUGCCGCUCACUCCUCAGCCUUCUCGCCUGCCACCCUCACCUCCUCUGUCUCCUCCUCCUUCACCUCCUUCUUCGCCCCCUCCCUUAACUCCAUCUCCGGCCUCCCCUUCACCUCCUCCUUCGCCACCACCCUCCCCGCCUCCCUCCCCUCCCCCACCCCCUUCUCCAAGUCCUCCACACCCUAGUCCUCCUCCACCACCGCCCCCUCGCGUCCGGCAGCCACGUUCCAAGCCACCACCUCCCAUGCAACCCCAAUCACCAACCACAGUCCUACCCCCACCGCAGCCGCUUCCUCCGCCACCGUUGCCAUCACCGCCGCCCUCACUCCCUCCCCCUUUACCGUCACCUCCACCACUGCCGUCUCCUCCACCACCAUCACCCUCACCUUUGCCGCCCUCGCCGCCACCUCCGUCACACCCACCACCCUCGCAUCCGCCGCCCACGCCUCCACCUCCGUCGCCCCCACCGCCCAUAACUCCAACCUCUUCACCGCCGCCCCCGUCAUCCCCACGCCUCUCACCGCCGCCACCAAAGCGCAAUCGUAAAUCGCCACCGCCGCCUCCCUCAUCGCCGCCCCCUUUGCUGCCGCCCCCAUCAACGCCACUGCCCUCGCCGCCACCUCCGUCACACCCACCACCCUCACAUCCGUCGCCCUCGCCUCCCCCUCCGUUGCCCCUCCCUCCCUUGACGCCAAGCCCUACACCGCCGCCCCCGUCAUCCCCACGCCUCGCACCGCCUCCACCAAAGCGCAUUCGUAAAUCGCCACCACCGCCGCCCUCACCGCCGCCUCCUUUGCUGCCGCCCCCAUCAACGCCACUGCCCUCGCCGCCACCUCCGUCACACCCACCACCCUCACAUCCGUCGCCCUCGCCUCCCCCUCCGUUGCCCCUCCCUCCCUUGACGCCAAGCCCUACACCGCCGCCCCCGUCAUCCCCACGCCUCGCACCGCCUCCACCAAAGCGCAUUCGUAAAUCGCCACCACCGCCGCCCUCACCGCCGCCUCCUUUGCUGCCGCCCCCAUCAACGCCACUGCCCUCGCCGCCACCUCCGUCACACCCACCACCGCUCCCCUCAUCACCACCUCUCCCACCACCACCACUUGCACCGCCAUCGCCCCCGCCAUCCUUACUCUGGGCUACAUCAGCUUUGGGCCCUGAUGGUAAACCCGGUAUCAGCGGCGUAGCAGGAUCCGUCAGUUACCUGCAGGGCCCACCCAGUGCAGACGUCCUGGGUGUCAAAAAGUGCAAGCCUGCAACGGACCUGGCGUGGGUGCCUCCAAAGGUGGUUCCUCGCUUUGCGCUCGCCUACUUUGGAAGCUCCGGUGCCUACCUUGGUGAAGCGGCAGCAGUGCAGUUCUUCCUGCUAAACCGAGGUGCCUUUAGCCCUCCCAUCACCUCCAUCGAGCUGUUAUUGAAGCCUAUGAACCGGGUGGAUCCUAACACGAGCACAUUAUUCUACAUCCCCAUCUACAACGGCACCAGCUCCAACCUGCCUGAGCUUACGUGCCCGGGCCUCAACCGCUUCCCAGUGUCUACCUCCAUGAUCUUCGAGCACCUGCAGCAGCACAACUCUCCCUCCACCCUUGCGCUAGCUGGCUUCAGUUCCGAGGAGGAGGUCGGUCGGACCGCCGCUGUGACCGGUGUGCGGAUCAGCGUCAACGAGGCGCAGACCUCCAAUGCUAAGCAGCAGCUGCCGCACCUGGCCUCUGUCGGACUCGAGCUGCAGGCCUAGAAAUGUGUGAUGCUAAAAGUCUUCGUUUUGUAGAGAAGGCUGCUCGUUCGCUGCGUGGGAUGUGACGUGGAGAUAAGGUGCGUCGGAGAUAAGGUUCGAGCCAUGAACUAGUUUGAAGUUGCAUAGGCGUUUAAGGAGCAGUGCGUGAUGCGGUGAUUACGCACCUCACCCGCGUGUCGUGGAAGCAAGGGGUUGGGGCCUUGCUUUAGGUUUGAAUGUAGUAUGAUGUGUGCGUGCGUGUGUCUCGUCUACCGAAUAUAUGAGCCUCCGAUGCGCUGUUACGCCAGGUACCAGAAGCGCUUUCAUGGCAGUAGGUAGACUGCGUGCCGUAUGUGCGUUGUCCUGUUGCUGGAGUGAGGGGGAGUGGAGUUGGCAGCACUAAUACAAUUCACCUGGGUUAUUCAUAUUGGUACUUGUUGUCGGGAGGGGACACGCUUAAUGGGCGUGCAGCCUUACCAUGUGCGUGUGUGGGGAGGUGCUAGCUAGGUCUAGGGCGGGUACUUGGCCUAGGUAGAUCCUUAAAUUGUUGAAUUGUUGCUGUAUGUUCCUAUAUGUCAGCAAUGUCAUGCGCCUUGCGACAUUGAGGCUUUCGCUUCACAGCUUGUUGCGAGGCGUUACCUGAGCAGCCUAGCUGUCAGAUUUGUGUUCCGUUUAUGGCUUUUUGCGGCACGUAGCAUUCUGCGAGUAGGAUUGGGUACGGCGGGUGGUGCGAACACACCUGGGAAUUGGUUACAUCUGUGCGUGUUUUCCGAAGAAGCCGGGACAUGCAGGAGCAUGCAUGUACGGCGGUUAUUCAGUAGGGUACUGAGUCUUAGGUGGAGGAGCUUUCACUAGGGGGCUCUUGGUGUGUUACAGGUUUCGCGUUCUGCUGUGCUUUUGGAGAAGGUUUAUAAGAAGGCCUCCGCACCAUGCACGUGCCAAAUAAUCCUCAUGUGCACGUUUGGCUAGCGUCUCCUUCCUUGUUCCGUUUUUCAUACUGAAGUCUGACAACGCGAAAUUCCCAUAUCCCGCCGGCUGGGUGCGUGUUGUACGUACGUGCAGCAAAGGGGGUGCUUCAUGAAGUAGAUUCAGAUGAAGGGGGUUACCGAUGUCUCAUCGCCCUUUUCAAACUUAUAAUUGGCCAUGCAUUAGCCAUGGCAGUGGGAUCGAAGUACCAUUAGGCACUGAAAGACGGCAUCAAUGCGCAUACCAUCAUUUCCCAUUACUAAUGUGCCGUACGAUACUUGGUGCGUACAAUCACGCACGUCAUUGCGCUACUAACCUUGCGUCAUCACUGUUUGCGCCAUCACUGUGUCCCGAUGUUCGUCGAUGAUUAACAUGUGUGUUUCAGAUUGGAAUUAGGAUUAGUGGCUUGUUGUGUGGAGUGUUCCCUGUCGUACUGGCCCUGUGCCUGCAUGCCGUACCAGGUAUAUGACUAAAGCGGUAUCCAGAAGCUAGGAGUCGCUGUAAUUAGGAAAGGCUUUAAAUUGUCCAUCUUGUAAUAUCACUUCUUGUUGACUGGUUUGAA